CAAGAAUUCUGAAAUUGUAAGCUUGUGGCAGGAGCAAUCUUUUGAUUAGAACAGAGUGUGUGUGCCUAUCUGAUUAACAGCUGUUGCUGGUAGUUGGAAUCCAACCCCCAGCAUGGAUCAGGUCUUGUAUCCAUGGCAGCAGGGUAUUUAUUACAGUUCCUACCACUCUCCACCCAGGAUUGGCGGACUUUAGCCCUUAAUCAUAUCGAAAAGUAGGAGAACACAGGGACUGACUCUCUGACCAGCUGAAAUAAAACAAAGGGGGGGGAGAUUCCUUAACAAAUGGCAAAAUUUCUGUCCCAGGAUCAAAUUAAUGAAUUCAAGGAAUGCUUUUCUCUAUACGAUAAGAAACAAAAAGGCAAGAUAAAUGCCAGUGACCUGAUCACAGUGAUGCGGUGCUUGGGAACCAGCCCAACUCUGGGAGAGGUAGAGAGACAUCUUCAAGGACAUAAAAUUGACAGAAAGGCAGAACUGGAUUUUUCCACUUUCCUGACCAUCAUGUACAGGCAAAGGCAGCAGGAAGAGCCUGAGAAGGAAAUCCUGGCAGCCCUGGCAAUGACAGACAAGCAGAAGAAGGGUUUCAUCACCGCUUCUGAGCUGAGAGCUAAACUCACCAGGCUCGGAGAAAAGCUCUCAGAGGACGAAGUGGAUGACCUUCUAAGAGAAGCUAACAUUGCACCAAAUGGGAUCGUGAAAUAUGAAGAAUUCAUCCACACCAUCACCCUUCCUCUUGCAGACUACUGAAUUUCAGAAUGACGAGACUGCAUCGGUAGGGAAAUAGGCAAGCUUUUCCAGCUUACAUUUUCCUGGAUCACUUUUGGGCUCACUGGAAUCAGCACUGCUUGCCUUUAAGGAACAAUGUUUUGCCUUAUUAGAUGGAAGUAUUUAUGUUUGAACAGGUUUUUCCCAUUGCAAGGCCCGGCCACACCUUCCUUGUCAGUUGGAAUGGAGUGUUCAUGUCAAACACUGGAUGUAUUAUUUUAAAUGAAUUGAAUGCCAUGUUAUAUUGCAUAAAGCUUAUCAUGCUUACAAACCCACUCAUUAGUAAUUAGCAUUUUAAAAACACGUUAUACUUUAAUGGGUACAGUUUUUCAGAGUAAAAUCAGCUACCUACCUUAAUGUCACAGGGAGAUGGUUGUUCUUGAGUGUAAAAGGAAGAAAGAACAGCUAUUUGGCCUGACUCUGUGAGCCUGUGGUAGCCAACUAUUCCCUGUGUAUAAGGUAUCCUAGGGUGCUUGACUAUGCUACCCAUAAAACUUGGCAAGUUUGGAACGACCGUGCAUAUCGCUCGCACCACUGCCUGGAUACACACAACCCACUGAUCAAUCGUCUUGCCGUUAUGGAGAAGCCGAGCCAACACGCCAGUGGGAAGGGGAGCUCAGGACCCUGUUGGCUAUCUGGAUGAGGACAAAAAGAAAAGGAGUACUUGUGGCACCUUAGAGACUAACCAAUUUAUUUGAGCAUAAGCUUUCGUGAGCUACAGCUCACUUCAUCGGAUGCAUACCAAUGAGGACAGUGGUCAGGCAGAUGUGAGUUCUUCCAAACAGAAUCACAACAACAGUGGUUACCGGGCUUACAGUGAACUGCGAGAAACAGGAGCCUUCCUAUUACUCUGCAAGCGUGAUAAGAGGUUCCCUGUGCAGCAUAACUUUACUCAUCCAGACUCUUGGGGAGUGGAGGACAAAGAGGAGCAAGAUCUCCAUACUAUCAUGCUUAUGACCUUUUAUUAAUCAGGAAGCUACAUCAACUUGCAACACCAUAGGAAAUCUCCAUGAAGUUGGUCCAAUAAACAAUAUUACGUCACCCACAUUGUCUCUCUGUGAAGUUAGACACUCACAGCGACUCCUGAGGGCUUUGCAUAAGAAAUCUCAAUCCUAUGCAGAAAAGAGAGCCGUAGUCCUUGACCGAGACACUGUGGGAGAGCUGCCCAGAACAUACUCCUAAAGACACUUCAGCAGUGUGGACACAACAAUACAGUUGUGAUGGCAGAACCAUGUAGCCUGGUCAGGGCUGUAAACUAGGGUGAUCAAACCCAUUCAGUGGAAUGUGCUGAAUUUCAGCUUUAAGUAUGGUCCCUUGACCUGGGUAUAAAUUUAGAACUACAUAAACGCCUUGGUCCCCAGCAGAUGUCAAUGGGAGGUUGGCACAGACUAUGGUCUUUAUCUAGUAACUGAACUUGUAAUGCUAUCUCUUCAGUACAUUAGUAAGAUACUAUACUCCCUGCUAGGAUCACUGCUGUAUCUGUCCAUUGGUGUUCUUCCUCCCCACUCCUCCUUUCUUCCCUGCAGCAACUCUGCAAUUCCCAUCCUCCUCUCAUUCCCUUUAUCAGAUAAUCAGCAACAAAGUAGUUAAUGUAGAUACAUUAGGGAAUUAACUCUAAAGCCUAAGAUGGGGUGGGGGAGAUGUCAUUGUUUCAGACUGCAUGCAAACUCAGGAAAACUCAGUAUAUUGAUUUCUGCUGUUCACAUUUGAGAAGUUCUUUCUUCAGCUAUUAAUGCCAGAAACUUUCAUUUUCAAAAAGUAAACACAGAUUCUGCAGAACAUGAAUAUUCCAUGCAGGCCAUCUAAACAUGUCAAAUGGGCUGGAUCCAUGUUUGACUUAGCUAGAACAUUUCAGUUCAUGAAAAAUUAAAGAGUGCCCACAAUGUUUAGGCCCUCUACAUACAACUUUUACCCCGGGUUUUAUUAACAGAAACCUUGUUUGUGCAUCCCCACCUGCCGUGCUAACCACAUCUGUAUCAAUAUGUUCUAGAAGCUCUCUCUUAAAGAUUCUCCAUGACACAGAACGUCCAGAGGACAUGGACAGUGGCAUCAGGGGCCAGGCACGCUGGGUUAUAUUACUACAGAGCUGGGAUGAAGGCCAAACCAAUUAUGUGAACAUGGUUAUUGGGUCCUGCUCAUGUUGCAAAACAAUAUGUUGAAGAGGUUACUGGGUGACAACUCUGUGAGAGUCUAGGCCUCAAGCAGGGGCAAGACACAGAGCCAGCCAACCAUGGUUACUAAUUAUGACCGCAAGAUGACAACUGAUGACAAGCAGGCACAUCCCUAAGUCUGCACAUAGCCUCAUUAAAGGCAGUAGGGAUCCAUUCACAGAGUCAGCUGUGGGCUCAGGACUCUAGUUUUACUCAUAUUUCAUGUGUGGCCACAGUGUUUAGUGCCAACCGCGUCAGUAACUGACCACAAAAACUUGGUUAAAAGUUGUCCUGUGGACAGGCCUGUUGGGUCUUUCAAACAGUAAGGUGGGCCCCAACGCUCUUGGAGGUAGGCAUUUUUUCCCUAUUUUAAAUAUGGAAAACUGAGACACAAAAGGGUGAAGUGACUUGCCCAAAGUCUUGCAAGAGAUGGGAGUGGAUCCAAAAAAUCUGUCAUUCACCCCAGUGCCAUCCCUUGUGCAUUUCCCGCUUUCAUUUACUCACGAAGACUUGAGUUGCAGAUUUUGCAGUUCCCAUGCCAUAAUCAGCCAUCAUGAGGUAACACCAUAAUGAACUCAAAUCCUUGCUUACAAAAUACUUGAGAGGUGGUUUUAUUUUUUAAGUCUUUUAAACAGCAAAGGGCUGUGUGUUGAGGGGACACUAUCCCUUGCCAGGCAUAAAUCUGAUCAACCUACCCUGUCACAUAUCUGUCUACAAUGUCCACUCAAUUUAUCAUCUUUGAGCUUUCCACCGUCCACGAAGAAUACUCCAUGGACUUGUAAAAAUUAGACAAAAUCUUACCAGCAGCUUAACACUUAAGCACCCCUCCAAUAACAAAGAGGGAGGUCCUGAAGAUAGAGGGGGAGAACUCCAGUAAGGAAAUAGUUCUUGCUUUUAAAAUGUCCAAAUUAUGCCUUUUCUCCCCUACCAUUAAGUUCUACAAAUAUCUUGACAUUACAAGUGAGGACAGUCUACUUAUUACAUUCACUGGUCCCUUUUGAGGAGUGUGCCAGUAGCUUGUUCAGAGCAGUGAAAUAGGUUUUCUCAUUUGUAUUAGCUGUCAACUACCAAUGGCUCAAGAUAGCCAUUUGACAAUCUCUCCCAUUGUUCAGCACAUUUGACAACUGAAACAAAUGCUUUCGGGCAGAAUGGAUAUAAAAGGUGUUGAUGAGGCAUGGACAUUGCUCAGAGCAAACACAGUGUAUUAAUCUAGAGUGUGUUGUAACAGCCUGUUUCUACCAGCCAGGUAUAAACACUUCCGAAGUGAAAACUAGACAAGAAUGGGGACAGUGCGUUUUAUAUACUCUCACACAAACAAGACACCGAUAGAACUGGAGGAGACUGGUGCGCUGAAUGCUCUACUUAAAUUCAGAUACAAAAUGACAUAUCCCAUGCUAUGAAACAUCAUUUAGCAAUGAAGCAUGCCUGUGCGAAUUACAUUCCUGUGAGUUUCCCACUCCACAGGGAGAAUCCAGCAUUACUUAAUUUAGAGAAGACAAUAUAACUGAUUUUUUUUUUAUUACAUCUAAAGAUUUCUACAUAAACAGGUAACAUUCAAUAGGUAAACAAUUUUUUCCAAUGCAUGUAAUAAAUAUUUUCACUUGGUACUUUUAUACAAACUGACAUUGGUCUACUAUACAUUUUUAAAAGCCAUUUUACUGGUUUGGCAUGCUGUAUGGAAACGAAGAGAAAUUUUAAGGCAAUGAAUCACAGAUUUAAAUUCAUGGAAUUAAUGGUAACUUGUUAAUAUCCUGCUUAUAUACAUUUCCCCUUUGUUAAUUAAAACAACUAACAGCAGCGCUUUCUGGGACCACCAGCUAUUCUCCCUUGUUAGAAAUCUAAGCUCUGUUUAAAACGAAAAGAAAAACAAACACAUUGAUCAAACAAAAUCCUUUCUGAAUACAUGUUAAAAUGUGCUUUACAACCCUGAAAUGUCAAUGCAGUGAAGGAUUUUCUGUGAUAUGCUCUCCCCGCAGUUCUUCGCUUUAAAUGAGAAGGCAGCUCCAAGCCAGUUCAAUAAAAAUCUACAAGCCAUCCCACCCCUGAGAGGGUUCUUGAAUCCUUGCCCUGAAGGGUAACGAACAGGUGUAGAAUUGCUACAAUGCCUAUAUGAAUGAAAGCACUAGGAAAUAUUUUAAACGCUCAGUAUGUUAAAUUUUAGCACAGUUCAGAUUUUGUUUUGUGUGGUUUUGUUUUUUAAAAGAAUGCAUCCAAUAAUGCCCACAAGUGAUUCAAAACCACUUCAGCCCUGCUACUGAAAAAACAGCUAUUUACUCAGAUCUGUGUGUAUAGACACAUACACACAUGCAGUAAUAUACAUAACAGACAGACACGCACGCCCCCGCCCCCUUUUAGUGGAAGAAUUUGAGGACAAAGGAAACAAUUGGUACCCCACAGCUACGGGUUACACAGAUUCAGUAAUGUACAGUCAGGUUAGCAGUACUGCAAACCAGCCAAAAGCAGGAGUUACUUUACGGCAUCUUUAAUAAAUAUGCAACGAGUGAUUUUUUUUUUUUUAAACUAAAUCAUAAGGAAUUCCUGGAGAAUUCAGACAGACUUCUGCUCAGUAAUGUUAACUGUAGUCAGAUACAAAGUUCCGGCAAGUUAUCAAUCUUACAAAACCUCAGAGAAUGAAACAAAUAGCCACAAAACAUACAGAAUGAAUACCACAUAAGAGAAUCAAAGAGCAUUUGCUGUCCUAUGUGAAACAAUGAGAUUAAAACAUGAAGCUGAACUGAAAAGCCUUUCUGCUCUUAUUUACUGGUUUGGGGGAUCAUCGGCUGACCUUGGCUUUUGGAAGGUAAGCUAAGGAUGAAAGAUUCCCAACUCUUUUACAAUAUAUUCGCCACAUUCAGUUCUCUAGGGUUGCCAAGGUUUUAAUCAAAUUUUUAAUUUUGUUUUUAAAAACAGGUUUUCAGCUCACCUUUAACACAGCAGAAUCAGUAUGAACACUGCCACCACUCAGAUGUAAAAUAGUCAUGAACUCCCCAGAAUUUCAUUCUUUAAUUUUCAUUUUAUUAGGUUUUAUAAGGCGGGACCACAUCUGCUCUCAGUUACACCGGUGCGAGUCUGGAGGAAUCAGUCACUUCAGAUUUAUACUAGGUAUUACAGUGAAGCAUCUGCUCUUUAAUUACCAAUUUAAUAACCCAAUGGAUUUGCUAGACUAAAAUUUAUAAACUAGUUAUAUUCCUAAUGAAGGUUUAAAAACCUCCAUCUCAGACUGAAUUUAAAAAUGAAGUAUUUCCUGUUUUCUCCUUCUAUUUAUUUAUUUGAAACGGACAUUUAAUAAAUUAUAAAAGAGGUGUAAGGUGAAAUAUAUCUAGAUCAGCCAGAUAUGUAUGGAAUACACAUGCAUGGGAAAAACUAUUUAACUCACUUUUAACUCACACACACUGAUCUAUAAAUACAUAUAUACACACACAUUUACAUAUAAACACAAACAGUUUGUUUUCAAAAUUCAAGUCAACUAUUCAGUGGCAGAGGGAUGCUGUAAAAACUCUAAAAACAAUUUUGAUGCCACAUAUUCAUGUGAACCUGUCAAUUUACCAUUCAACUGAUCUUACAGCAAUGCCUAAUUCUACUUGGAUUAAAGUAAGUAAUUUUUUUUUUUAAAUCAAUGCAAAGUUUAAAGAGACAACUUUAUAUGCAAAAGGUGGCCCUUGUCAAUGCUUGAACUAGCUGAUAUCAACUGUUUGGGACAUAAAAAUUCAGACAAGAAUCUGCUAAUUGUGGUAUUCCUUCCUAUCCUUCCUGAUAAGCUUGUUACCUGCACUUUCAACUAGCUAAAAAAAUAUUUUUCACACCAGAGGACAUAUUCACUCUCUCUGGUGAGGACUUUGGGACACAAUAGAAUCACCUCCCUCCUCCAUCCCCCAACUCUUAUUUUAAAGAAUCUCCUGAAAAACUGCUUUCCAUCUAUUUACAUGUUUCUCUAUUUAAUAAGAAUGGAUCAGUCCAAACGAUCCAUCAGUUCUAAAAAAGACUUUCCUAUGUCAUGCAUUCUUUAAAAAAAAAAAAAAAAAAAAAAAAAUGUAAUAGGAAUGGGAGAACACGUAUGGCUCACACAGUUCAAUAAAAGCAUACUUAAAAACAGGGAAUCACU